GCAGCUGUCCCGAGCAGUGCACGGUGAUCGCCUCCCCCGGAGGAGGAGUUGCCUAGACCGUUGCUACAUUUCUUGUUUUCCUCCACCCUCCCCCUCUGUAAUUACAUUGGCUGCUGGAGGGGACGGGGAGAGACGGAGGAGGCGCCUCGCUACCCCCCUCGGGCCCGCCACCCCUGCUCUUUGCCGUCCCGGGCCAGGAUGACUGGAGUCUUUGACAGUCUGGUGGCUGAUAUGCACUCGACCCAGAUCACGGCCUCCAGCACGUACCACCAGCACCAGCAGCCCCCGAGCGGCGGCGGCGCUGGCCCCGGCGGCAGCAACGGCAGCAGCCUCCACAAGCCUCAGGAGUCGCCCACUCUCCCAGUGUCCACAGCUACCGACAGCAGCUACUACACCAACCAGCAACACCCGGCGGGCGGCGGCGGCGGCGGCUCGCCCUACGCGCACAUGGGUUCCUACCAGUACCACGCCAGCGGCCUCAACAACGUCCCGUAUUCAGCCAAGAGCGGCUACGAUCUGGGCUACACCGCCGCCUACACCUCUUACGCGCCCUACGGGACCAGUUCGUCCCCGGCCAACAACGAACCUGAGAAGGAAGACCUCGAGCCUGAAAUCCGGAUAGUAAACGGGAAGCCAAAGAAAGUCCGGAAACCUCGAACGAUCUACUCCAGUUUCCAGCUGGCGGCUCUUCAGCGGCGUUUCCAAAAGACUCAAUACCUGGCACUUCCCGAGAGAGCUGAGCUGGCGGCGUCCCUGGGCCUCACCCAGACUCAGGUCAAAAUCUGGUUCCAGAACCGCCGAUCCAAGUUCAAGAAGAUGUGGAAAAGCGGUGAGAUCCCUUCGGAGCAGCACCCGGGGGCCAGCGCCUCGCCACCUUGUGCUUCGCCGCCGGCCUCGGCGCCGGCCUCCUGGGACUUCGGCGCGCCGCAGCGGAUGGGGGGCGGCGGCGGCGGCCCGGGCAGCGGCGGCAGCGGGGCGGGCAGCUCCGGCUCCAGCCCGAGCAGCGCGGCCUCGGCGUUCCUGGGCAACUACCCGUGGUACCACCAGGCCUCCGGCUCCGCUUCGCACCUGCAGGCCGCCGCGCCGCUGCUGCACCCGACGCAAACCCCGCAACCUCACCACCACCAUCAUCACCACCACGGUGGCGGCGGGGGCGCCCCGGUGAGCGCCGGGACGAUCUUCUAACCCCUGGAGACCGCGCCAGAGACUGAGUGCAGAGACCAGUUAUCCUCAUUGCUCGUCCCCAGAGCCAGAGGGUCCUUCCGUCCGGCCCGAGGAUGCCACCCGCCGCUCGCGGAGGUGGCGGCCCGAGAUGGCCUGCCCCCAGGCCCUGCUACCCUCGGGGACUGGAAGGCGUGUUCUCGCGCGCCGGGCUCCUCGCCGAGAAACCCGGCAUCCGCGAGAGAAACCCUGCCUCGGCGGCCUCGCCGACCCGAGCCCCGCCUCAGACUAG